GGUACCAAAACUCUUGACUUUGUUGCAUUGUGAAUUUGAGGUGGAAGAUGACGGCGAUGGUAGAUCGGAGUUUAUCAACACUGAAUCCGAACGCGCCGGUGUUUGAUCCGGUGGGAUUUCGUGAGGUGGAGGAUUUUUCACCGAAAUGGUGGGAUCUGGUAACGACUUCGAAAUGGUUCCGUGACUUUUGGCUCAGUGCUAACUCUGAGUAUGAGUUCGUCGGCGGAGACGAUUUCUCAGUUAUGGAAGAAGAGUUCGAGGAGAUGAUCGCGGCGUCUGAUGGUGGAUCUACGGCUGAUACAGUUACAGAAGCAGAUGUUGCUAAGUAUUUGAAGAUGCUUUUGAACAUAGCUGAGUCUACGAAAGAGAAGAUUUACAGAUCAAAGGUUUCUUCUUGUUCACCAAAGUAUAAUCGGAAGAGGAACUACAUGAAUCCAAGCUUUAAUUGUCGCCGGAAUCAUCAGAUUUAUCAGCCACGGUGAAGCUUCUAGAAGAAACAAAGCUCUUCUUCUUCUUUCGAGAUGAUAAUCAGAGUCGUUUGUGGGUUUAAUGUAGUAGUGUAAUGCAAUGGCUGAAACUGAUCUUUCUGGUUCAUGUAAUAAGUAAUAACAUCAGUUUAUGAGC